GAAACUAUGAAUGGCCAAACAUGUGGGCUGUUUGCGCGCGUCAGAUCAGUGUGGACACCGAUUUCUCUCCCGUUCGGAUCACUCAAGCUGGCUGUCACACGGAGUGAGCGCUACAGCUCCAAGUGAACAUUGGGAUCCAGUGUCACCCAUAGUCAACACGUAGCCCACGUCUCAGAUCCUUGGAGAGGAGAGAGGAGCGAGCAAAGCGCAGUGGACAUGCGGUAUGACCAGAUGACCCGCCGCGCCGUGACGCUCUCCAGGUGUGUGUAGACCGGGCUCUGUUGAAUAAUAUGAAGCGCCAUGGCGUGGUGUGACCGUGGGGUUCAGACACUGCUGGCUACCGUGGGGGCUUUCGCCGCUUUCAGCCUCAUGACCAUAGCCAUAGGGACGGACUACUGGCUGUACUCACGGGCAUACAUAUGCAACGCAACCAAUGCCAGUACGGAUGACACCCAGUCACAACCCAAGAAGGCAAGGGGAGAUCUUACGCACUCUGGGCUGUGGAGAAUAUGUUGUAUUGAAGGGAUUAACGUAGGGAGCUGUUACCGUAUCAACCACUUCCCAGAUGAUAACGACUAUGACACAGACAGCUCAGAAUACCUCCUGCGUAUUGUGCGGGCGUCCAGUGUGUUUCCUAUCCUCAGCACCUGUCUGUUGAUGCUGGGGGGGCUGUGUUUGGCCGUGGGACGUAUCUAUAGCAACAGGAACAGCAUCCUGCUUAGCGCCGGCAUCCUGUUCGUAGCCGCAGGCCUGAGUAACAUCAUUGGCAUCAUUGUCUACAUCUCUAGCAACGCCGGCGACCCCAGUGACAAGCGGGAUGAGGACAAGAAGAACACCUACAGCUACGGCUGGUCCUUCUACUUCGGAGCUCUGUCCUUCAUUGUGGCCGAGAUGGUGGCCGUCCUGGCUGUCAACAUCUACAUCGAGAAGAACAAGGAGGUCCGCUUCCACGCUCACCGCGACUUCAUCCGCUCCAUGUCCUCCUCCUCACCCUACUCACGCAUACCCAGUUACCGCUUCCGCCGGCGGACACCCCACUCCAGCUCGCGCUCCUCUGACGCUUCGCAGGAGCACUCCCCGGCGAGGCUGAAGGGUGGGACCUCAGCAACGGGGCCGUUGGGAGAAUUGACCAUGUACACGUUGACCCGUGAGGGGGGUCUGAAAGGGGGCGUGACGGAGAACGCAUACAGCCCCGAGCACGGCUCAGGCGAUUUCCUGCAGUUGCACAACUGCUUCCCCAAUGACCUGAAGGACGGGGUCAACCGGCGGACCACGCCCGUGUGAGAAGAGCUUUAGACGGGCCGGUGGAGUGAGGAGGCCCCCCUGAUGUGGAUGGAGGAUGGAGGUGGGCCUUUGGGGAUGGAGGACCCCAUGGUAGCCCGUCACACUGGAGAAUCAGAGUCAGAGUCCGCAGUUCCAGGGAAAGACGGAGCCAGUGAAAAGACAAAGCCCCUCCUCAGUGAAAAACAACAUGAGGACGAGGACUGAGGACAUGGACAGAGAUAUAAGGUUAGAAAAUGUUGCCCGUGACAUGGUUUCUAAGGGUCACUGGACAUAAAGAGUGCUUGCUUCUUUCCUGGUGUUCCUUUGUGCUUUUUGACUGCAACAGACUAGUCACCAUCAUUGUUUGUGUCGUACACUACAAAGAAAAAAACCAUUCCCUUUCAAAUGUGUCCUUGAACCGCGUAAAAGAGAAGAGAGUGGAAUGUCCUCUUGUUGAUGGAUUUUUAUUGCCAAUGUGUGUUGGGAAACUGUUGAGUGAAUUGUUCAAUGUACAACAUUUCACACUAUUUUACCUGCUUUAGGUAUCGAACACAGUUCAGCUAAAUGUAUUGUCCAACCUGAAGCCCUCUGUCACCUUUGCAUGCUACUGUAUAGCCUACUGGAGUAGAGCUCGGUGUCUCUGUGUUAUCUGUUAGUAGCUACUGUGUGUCACUGUCAGUUUAAUAGAGAAAUAAAACCCAAGGAUUGAGUUCUCAACAAAGACAUUCUUUUGUAUCUGGGAAAAACUAAAGGGACAUGACUGACCAGCGAACCCAUGUUAAACUUAAUUGGUUGUAGUUAGGUUAGGUGAGGGUUAAGGUUAGGAGUUAGAGUUACAGUGGGGCAAAAAAGUAUUUAGUCAUCCACCAAUUGUGCAAGUUCUCAUCUUUUUAAGUGGGAGAACUUGCACAAUUGGUGGCUGACUAAAUACUUUUUUGCCCCACUGUAUGUUAUAUCAUGCCCCUUUUUUUCCUGCAACCAUAGUCAUUUAAUUCUAGACACUUCUAUGAUUAAAUGACCAUCUGUUAUAUAAAAAAAGCACAUCCAAACGACUGCUAAUUUCCGGAUUAAGAAUGUGUUGUUGUACAUUUUCAAGUUUAGAAGGGAAAUAGCACCUUUGAAUGUGCAUACACUGAAUGUACAAAACUUUAAGAACACCUGCUCUUUCCAUGACAUACACUGACCAGGUGAAUCCAGGUGAAAGCUAUGAUCCCCCAUUGAUGUCACCUGUU